CCAACAAGUCUCUGUCAUCCCUCCUUCGAUAAUGAACACUAAGCAGAUUUUGUGCAGAAUAUUUUAUUCGACAGAGAUAAAUGGUUCGGUCCUUUAUCCAUUUUCUAGGCCAUGUCUGCUUGCCACCUGUCGACCAAGCAAUUAAAAGUAGACCGAAUACGUGGCACAAUUGGAUCCGGUUGGUUUGUCAUGCUGUUCUUUCAGAGACCUCAACUGCUCGAUUAUCAAUUUCUCCACAUAAAUCACUGCCAAUACAAAAUCUGACUAAUUGUAAACAUAAAAAAGCCCAAUUGGAGUCUCCAAUUUUGUAGAUCUUCCUCUCAGACAAUCUCAUUUUAAGGCAUUCAUCAACAAUUUGUUCAUUUAUUUUGAGAAUUGAGCAUUUCUUCUGCUUGCAAUUUGAAAUAUUAUUCGACCAAUGUACACUGUUCAGAAAUCUGGACAAUAUUCUGAACUCUUGAAUUUUAAUGUAAGGGUUCAUGGGAUGGGAACACAAACUUUUGAUUAGUAUAGUCUCUAAUUCUCUGUGAAUUGUCAAGUUUAUUCCCUUUAAAAUAAAGCAUAGAUGUCAAUCCCUGCUGUAGUCAAUAUAAUUCCACUGAUAUCUGUCCACAACAACAAGAACUGUUACCCACAGCAACGCCUCCCUUCCAAACUUUUUGGCGAAACAUUAGUUAGGAAACCAACAGGUUUUACAUCAAUUAACAAAAAGACAGUGCCCUUUGCUAGUCCUAAAAAUGAAGUCGAAGAGGAUGACAAAGAACAAGAGGGAAAGCAAUCUGUUUCUCUCUCACUUGAGGAUGUGAAUCCUGUUGGACUUGGUAGGAAAUCAAGACAGGUAUUUGAUGAAGUGUGGAGAAAAUUUUCUGAAUUGGGUCAGUUGUCCCGAACUCCAAGAACUGAUGAGGAGUAUGAGUCAGUGCUUGUGGGAGGACCCAUGUGUGAAUUCACAAUUCCUGGUGCACAAGACACCACUGUUCUGCUUGUCGGAGCCACGAGCCGUAUUGGUCGCAUUGUUGCCCGAAAGCUUAUGCUGAGAGGCUACAAAGUCAAAGCCUUAGUGCGAAAAGCAGAUCCAGAAAUACUAGAUAUGCUUCCAAGAUCAAUAGGGAUAGUGGUUGGUGAUGUAGGUGAACCGUCAACACUCAAAGAUGCUGUAGAAGGUUGUAGUAAAGUCAUUUACUGUGCUACCGCACGCUCCACUCUUACUGGAGAUCUUAAUAGAGUGGAUCAUUUUGGUGUGUACAACUUGUCAAAAGCUUUCCAGGACUAUAACCACAGGUUAGCCCAACUACGAGCUGGACGAAGCAGUAAAAGCAAACUUACAAUAGCCAAAUUUAACCGUCCCGAAGCACUGGAAGGUUGGGGGGUGGAACAAGGAACAUAUUCUAUUGAUACUUUUGCUUCCAAAUAUGAUGGAGGCAUGGAUGCAACCUUUGAGUUUAAGGAGACUGGAAAUGCAGUAUUCUCAGGAUUUGUGUUUACCAGAACUGGAUAUGUGGAGAUAACGAAGAAGAUUUCUCUUCCCUUGGGUUUUACCCUUGACAGAUAUGAAGGCCUAUUAUUCUCUGUUGGCGGAGAUGGAAAAGCAUAUACUGUAAUACUAGAAACUGGGCCAGCUGGGGAUAUGUCUCAAAGCAAACUAUACUUCACACGGUUUGCAACACGUAUAGGCUUUGGCAGGUAUAGGUUACCUUUCUCAGCUUUCCGGCCUGUGAAACCCAAUGAUCCUGGAUUGGAUCCAUUCCUUGUACAUACGAUGAGAAUUCGCUUUGAACCAAGAAAACAGAGAGCAACCACUACAACUACAAAACAAGGACCACGGGACAGUAACAACUUCAAGAUGAUUCUAGAAUAUAUAAAAGCCCUGCCAAGUGGACAAGAAACAGAUUUUGUUUUAGUAUCAUGUACAGGAGCCGGUAUUGAACCUACUAUAAGAGAGAAAGUUAUUAAAGCCAAGCAGGCUGGAGAACAUGCAUUGAGAAUAUCUGGUCUCGGAUACACAAUCAUUCGUCCAGGCCCAUUACAGGAAGAACCUGGAGGACAGCGUGCACUUGUCUUUGAUCAGGGAAACAGGAUAUCACAGGGGAUAAGUUGUGCAGAUGUAGCAGAUAUUUGUGUGAAGGCCUUGCAUGAUUCAACAGCAAGGAAUAAGAGCUUUGAUGUCUGCUAUGAAUAUGUUGCAGAGCAGGGUCAAGGGCUUUAUGAACUGGUUGCUCAUUUACCAGACAAAUCAAACAACUAUUUGACCCCAGCUCUUGCUGUUCUAGAAAAAAAUACUUGAUGUUUGAACAAACUGGCAACUCGAACCAUUCAUCAAGAUGCUAUUAUUUCUUCAAGUGUAAUACUAGUUUGGCACGUAUAGAUUCUUGCAAUAUUCAUUCAACUGCUCAUCAGCUAGGCGAGCGCCAAGAUUUUGAUGUUAUACAUGCUUCUAGUAGAAGAUGUCUCUGCAUUCCUUUGAUGUUGCUCAUUGUAUCAAAUAUCCAAUUGGCAGAUCUCUGAUAUUCCAUUUUUUGUCAACUAAGUUCCACUUUAUGCAGCUGGAUUUUAGAAGUCUUUUAAGUUUCGAUCCUAAGUUAAGCCAGCUUUAAUGUGUUCCCUUUGAAAAGAUUGUAACAGAAGUGUAUUCAAUGUGUAAUGUAUAUUCUAAACUUGCUCAGAUAACUAAAGAUUAUAUUACGAACCA